UGAGAAUCUCUCUUCUAACCACUCCUCUCUCUCUCCAUCUUUCACACUUCAUUCAACCGGCAAAGAUGGCAAUGGAAGAAUAUUCCGAAGAUAUAGAGAUCGGAGAAUAUUCUUCUUCACACUCAACUUCACUCGCAUCUGGUGGUUCUACCACACCAAACGUCCCUCUGCAGCUAAACAAUUUAGUCUGCUCCCCUGCACUUCUACUAACACUCUCUGUAGCAACUUUCUUCAUUCAAAAACUCAUUUAUGCUUCCGUCCUUUUACAGUGCCUUGAUUAUUUUCUCGUCGUUUCAUCUAUUUUUUUUUCUUUCUCGCUCCAUCAUCACUACUCUCAUAUUUCUCCUAGAGAGGCAUUUCAUUAUGAAAAACAUCAAGGCCUUUUACUUUCUUUUUGCUUGGAGAAAACAAAUGCCCAACUUCUUGUGCUCCUGUUCCGUUCUUUCUUUUUGGUUCCUGCUCAUCAAAGCCGACAUGAAUAUUCUUCAUAUUCGUAUUAUUACUAGUAUAUUUGCAGCUUUUGUAAUGUAUACUUUGAUAUCCAUGUUAAGGAUUACAAUUUUGAAGAAACUAGAUUGUUGCUUCCAUGAAAAAAAUUUCUUCGCAAAUAUUCAAGUUCUGAUAUCUAACGAGUACUUUCUUCAGAAACUUAUGGGAUAUGUAAGAGAAUCUAAGGAUCCUAAAGAUAGCAUUAUGAAAGCUCAGCUGAAAUGGAUCAAAGGAGCAAUUAACAGCAUGCGGCGACCAAAUUUACGUACCAUUUGUAAUGAAGUUGAGAGCAGUGAUACUUUCAGCCUUCAGCAUCAAGUUGAACAUGUUAUUUCUUUAGUUCUCAGGAAUCUGACUAACAAUGAGCCCAGGGAUAUACAAGAGGCCGAUCUUCUAUUGGUCAUGAAGGAAGAGAAUGUCGCAAAAUUUCUUCAAUUGUUUCAUGGUGCUACCGAAACAAAGAGCAUUACUCAAGAAUCUUUGAAAACUUGGAUGGCUAAAGUCUGCAAUGAGCGCCAACACGUGGUUCGGCUCUUAAACAGUACUAGCAAAGGCAUAGAGCAGUUGGGGAUAAUUUUGUGGGCAACCCAAUUUUAUAUGGUACUGCUUUUCUGGUGUCGUUUGAUGAGGAUUGUAACAACGAUAAAUCCGGCAUACUUAUCACCUAUUCUCUUGAUAUUUGGCAAAAUAAUAUUUGACGGAGUUGAGCUUGUUACAGUAAUGAACUCAAUUGAGAUAGGGGACCAAUGUAUCAUUGAUGAUGAGCAGGUAAUGAUAUACAAUGUGUCCAUAAUUUCAAACAUAUAUUUUCUUAUAAUCCGUACUGAAAUAUAUCAUAAUCUGCAGCUGGUCGCUGAACGCCUAGAGUUUUACAUCACAACUUUCAGGAAGGACAAUAAUCAAACUGUGAACUAUUCUAAUUCCCUAUUACUCAGCAAAUCCAUCACCAAUUUAAGCAGGAGUUCUGGGUUGAUUGAUGCUUUUGAGAUACUUGUCAGUGUCACAACUUCCUCUGAUAAAAUUGCUAGUCUGAAGCUUAAGAUCGACGAGUUCAUUGGAAGUAAGCCUGAAAUUUGGCGUGCUGAGUUUUGCUUCGAUUUUAAAGGGGUAGACGACGGGAGGGAUAUAUAUAAUCUCGAGAUCACGAACUUAGGAAGGUUUCAGAACUACAAGGUGAAGAAACAACAAAGAUUUGAGUUUAUUCUUAAGCUGAAAAGGUCGCUGGAAGAUCUUGGGAUCAUUAAUUUUACCGUGAAAUAAGCAUUUAGGGUGUAGAUAAUUUAUUUAAUUUGUUGUAAUGUAUAUUGUAUAGUACUUACUAUCUUUAAGUUCUUUGUCAUAGAAAUUUGUUAGGAGUAUUUCUUUAAGUUAUUGUUGUCAUCUGUCCAUAUAUAUGAUAUGAU